GCUCAUUGAGGACCACCUUGGGCUGCUCCCAUCCCUUGGCUAAAGAAAACAACUCUGACUGCUCUCCGUUUUCUUUAACUGCUCAGUUGUCAUCCGAGAAAACCUCCCCUCCUCACGUUACAGCAGCUGAAGGAAUAUUUGGAAUACCAAAGUAUUUUUUCGCAGUGAUUUCUUUUUAUCAUCGUGAUUCUCCAACAACCCAAAGUUGGAUCCGUCUGGUCUCAGGAUUGGAAAGCGACUCUCUGAGCAGAUCCAACAUGUUUCUAAAAGUUCCGUUCUUCAUCCUCCUCCUGGGGAGCCUGCCUUUUGUAGCCCUUGCUCAAGAAGCAAGUUCAGUUCUAGAAGGAGAAGAAAGUGCAACAAGUGAUUUCAGAGACAGAAACGACACAGAAUUUGAAGAAGUACCAACAAUUUUUGGAGACCUGAAGACCACAGAAAGUAGCUUCAUCCAGGAUGGAGAAAUUGAAAAUGUUACUGCUUAUGAAGUUAACACAGAAAGUGUUGAUGGUGAACGGAGUGGGGAAACAGAGAAAACUGAUGAAGGUGGUCUGGGAACAAUUGCACUGCUUGGAAUAAUUAUUGGCAUCAUUGUUGCAGUUGGAAUCCUUGCAGGAAUAAUAAUUGCAGUUGUGAGGAAGAUGUCAGGCAGGUACUCGUAA